CUGGAGUGACCCCGAAAAGGAGCAGGGGGCACCUGGAGUGACCCCGGAAAGGAGCAGGGGGCACCUGGAGUGACCCCAGGAGGGAGCAGGGGGCACCUGGAGUGGUCCCGGCGCCCCCAGACCUGGCUGUGGCACAGUCACACACCCUGGCAUGUCCCCCACCAGUUCUAUAUAUGGCCCUGCCCUCUCCGGGCCGGUGGCACUGUGGCAUCUCAAGUGACAGCGGGGAGGGAGGAGGGGGGGUUUAUUUUUAUCCCCUGAAUGGAUCGGAGCUGGAGCCGCGCUCUCGGCCCCCGCGGCAUCAUGUUGUGCGGGGAGGGCUCUCCUGCGAGGCUGCUCGAAUGGCUCCGUCCCCGCCUGGGGCUGGGGGACAGGCAUGGAUAACUUCGAGUACAGCAUCCAGCUGAACGACCGCGAGUGGGCCGAGUUCGUGCGGGCCUCCGAGGAGUGCAGCCUGGCGCCGGCCUCGCUGGCCACGGCCGAGGAGCAGAGCCUCAGUGACAUUGAGCAAGGGGACACCUCGGGCCGGGACUGUCCCCGCAGCAGCGAGCCGGGGACCGCAGCCAGGCCGGGCAGCGAGCCAGCGGCUGGCACGGGCGGCGCUGCGCCACGUGGGGUGGCCACUGACACCGCCCGGCGCUGGCCACAGCCUGCGGGGCAGCUCCCGGCGCCGGAGCUGCUGUCGGGCAGCGAGGACGAAGCGGAGCUGGGCUCUGUGGGCAGGUUCCUGUGUGACAGCGACGAGCCCAGCCUGGCACACGCUGCCAUGCCCAGCGCGCAGAGGAGGCAGCCACCAAGGCCACCCACGGCCACCGCGGCUGCUGGUGGCACUGCCCAGUCCAGCUCCGGGCAGGACGCGGCGGAGAAAGGAGAGGCCAUGGAGCCCCCCGCGCCCCCCGAGCAGGGCGGGCAGGCUGGAGGGGGACAAACCCCGGUGGCACUGCCCGGAGCGGUGGCACUGCCCGGAGCGGUGGCACAGCCAGGAUUGGGGGCACAGCCAGGAAAAGCUCCAGCAGCCUCUGGCUCCGCGGAGGGAGCCGCCGAGAGAAGCGCUGAGCCCCCGGGGGACCCCCCGAGCCCAUCCCUGGGGUCGGUGCCCAGGGUGGCACCGGAGGAGGAGAAGCCGGGCGCGGAGCCGAGCUCCCCGGGCGGAUCCCCCAGCGUGGUUCGGCCCAAGGUGCCGGCACAGCCCAGGAAGGGCCGGCGGCAGCGCGGAGCCAGCGGCACCGAGGGGGAGCGGGACCCUGCGGGCGCCGCGGCACCGGGAGCCGGGAAGGCACCGCCGGGAUCCCCGAUGUCCCCUCGGAAGGGCAAAGGGAAGGACAAGGCGGCCAAGGGAGCGCUGGUGAGGCUGGGCAGCGAGGAGGCGGCCGAGAACAAGCGGUCGGUGCCCGGCCCGGGCGGGGACGGCGGCGAUGCUCCCCCAAAACAGAGGGGGAAGGAGCCGGGCGCGCAGUCCCCGGGGAAGGCCAAGGCCACCAAGCAGCCAAAGGCAGGGCAGGGCGUACGUGACAGUGUCCCCGCGGUCCCUGAGGUGUGCCAGGAGAUGCCAGGGAAGCCUCUGCAACCCGGGAGCGCGGCGGGGUUUGCAGGGAAUGCUGCUGAGGGGGCUGGGGGGGAGCCUGCUGCUGAGAUCCCCGGAAUUCCUGCUGCUGGAAUUCCUGCUGCUGAGAUCCCCGGAAUUCCUGCUGCUGAGAUCCCUGCAGUUCCUGCAGCUGAGAUUCCCAGGAAACCCUCAGAGAUCCCUGCAGUUCCUGCAGCUGGGAUCCCUUGGGAGCCUGCAGCUGCCAUUCCCAGGAAACCCGUGGCUGAAAUCCCUUGGGAGCCAGCACCUGGGACCCCCAGGAUUCCUACAGUGGGGAUCCCUUGGGAGCCUGCAGGAGGGAUCCCCAGGAGUCCUGCAGUGGAGAUCCCCAGGAUCCCUGCAGCCGAAAUCCCCAGGAUCCCUGCGAUUGAGAUCCCGUGUGAGCCUGCAGCCGAGAUCCCCACGAUUCCUGGAGCUGGGAUCCCCUGGGAAGCUGCAGCUGAGGUCCCCAGGGCCAGGAGCCCCCUGUGCUUUGCUGAUGGAGCCUCUCCCAAGCCCAACUCUCUGGAUGUGACCUGGCCCGAGAUGUACGAGUACCUGUUCUGUGAUUCCCAGGAGGAGGAGGAGCUGGGCAGCUCCCUGGAGGGGAGGAAAUCCCCCUUGCCCAGGGAAAUCUCCUGGCCUGAACUCUACGAGUAUCUGUUCAAUGAGCCAGAAGGAAGCAGGAAAAAGGGCAAAGCUAAAGACAGGAAAAGAAAGAAGUUCAGCAGCUUGGAGCGGGCUGGGAUGCGAAAGGAGGCUCCCAGCCCUGCCCCAGGCAAGGACACCGUGGUUAUCCCGGUCCCUGAUGUGUAUGAACACUUCUUCCCAGAGAGAGCCCCCAACAGGAUGGGCUGGAGAGGGAUUUUCUCCAUGGCUUCAGCCUCCGAGGUGAAGAAAGCUGUGGGGGCUCUGAGGGCCCUGCUGCAGAGGCAGGUGCUGCAGAGGCAGGUGCAGCAGGGAGGAGGCCGAGCCUCGAGCUCGCGGGCCCUGGUGCCCAGGAGAUCCGGAGAGCAGCUGGCCCUGGUCCCGCUGGGAGGAGCCCAGGGGUGGCCAGAGGAUGGAGACACGGCCCUGGCACGGAGAGGAGCGGCGGAGGAGCCCCGGGUGCCGAGCCACAAGGACAUGUGCCUCGUCUUCUGCGCCUUCGCCUCCUGGGCCGUGAAGACAUCUGACCUGCAGGCUCCGGAUGCCUGGAAGACCAUGUUCCUGGCGAGCUUUGGGACCCUCUCGGCCAUCCGCUACUUCCGACGGCAGGUCAGGGAAGGGCACCCCCGGAGUUAACCCCCGCCUGGCCGGAGCCGCUGCCCGAGGCUGGGACUUUGCUCGGGGCGGUGGGAGAAGCCCCGAGCCGGCACCGAGGAUUUCUCCGGCCCCGUGCGGACCGGCCAGGGUGGCACAAAGGGACUGCGACCCUGCCGGGGACAGGGACAGGGACAGGGACAGGGACAGGGCAGGACAGGGCGGGGUGGCGCCGCUGGUGCCUCCUCCCCGCUGGAC